AUGGAGGAGCUCACGGCUUUUGUAUCCAAAUCUUUUGACCAGAAAAGCAAGGAGAGCAGCGGCGGCGGCGGCGGCGGCGGCAAGAAGGAUUCGAUCACGUACAGGGAAGUUUUGGAGAGCGGACUGGCGCGCUCCCGGGAGCUGGGGACCUCGGAAUCCAACCUCCAGGACAUGACGGAAGGCGGCGGCCACUGCCCGGUGCAUUUGUUUAAGGACCACGUGGCCAGGAUCUGGACGUGGCGUCUGUACGAGUGCAAGGAGAAACGCGAGGACGUCAAGUCGGAGGACGAGGACGGGCAGACGAAGCUGAAGCAGCGGCGCAGCCGCACCAACUUCACGCUGGAGCAGCUCAACGAGCUGGAGCGGCUGUUCGACGAGACGCACUACCCCGACGCCUUCAUGCGCGAGGAGCUCAGCCAGCGCCUGGGGCUGUCGGAGGCGCGCGUUCAGGUCUGGUUCCAGAACCGCAGAGCCAAAUGCCGCAAACAAGAGAACCAGAUGCACAAAGGCGUCAUCCUGGGCACCGCCAGCCACCUGGACGCCUGCAGGGUGGCGCCCUACGUGAACAUGGGCGCCUUGGGGCUUCCCGCGAGAGGAGACAGCCUUGGAGUCCAUCCGGGUGGGACAGCCCCGGCCGUGCGGGGCCCUAACCGCGCCGCUCUGUCCGCGCAGGUCCAGGCUCAGCUGCAGCUGGAAGGCGUGGCGCACGCGCACCCGCACCUGCACCCGCACCUGGCGGCGCACGCGCCCUACCUGAUGUUCCCGCCGCCGCCCUUCGGGCUGCCCAUCGCGUCGCUGGCGGAGUCCGCGUCGGCCGCCGCGGUGGUGGCCGCGGCCGCCAAGAGCAACAGUAAAAACUCCAGCAUCGCCGACCUGCGGCUGAAG